AUGUAGUCAACAUCGUGUAAGUGUCAACAUUACUAUCUAGGCUUCCUGUUCGCCUUCCCUACGUGCUGAUGGGAACUUCUGGGACGCGGUGCCCCGUGUGAGCAAACUGCGACGCUGUGUACGGCUAAAAUAUUGACUCUUGAGGAGAUAGAUCGCUUGUAGUGAGAGGAGGAUGACGCGAGGAGCGCUGGCAGGGCCGAAGUAGCGCGGUGGCGGGGCUUGGCUGCUGCUGCUGCUGCUGCUGCUACCCUGGCGGCUGGCCAUGGUCAUGAUUCCCACGCCCUCCACCGUCAUUCACACCUCCACGCGCCCCAAGUUGGGCUUUUCUAUAGACAGCAUCGUCGGGCGUGGGGGAGUAGACUCGAGGGCGUCGCCGCCCCCUUCCCCUGGCUCCCCUAGAGGGAGCCCGCCGCCCACCAGUCCGCUCGGGCAUCUCCACGACCUGCACAAAACGCAAGUCCGGAUACCCGAACCUAUCCACCCGUUGAUACCUACGUCUGUGCCUUCGUCGCUAGCCCACCACCAUGCCGCCGCCAUCCCGUCCCUACAGGCCCUGCCCGGCCUGCACAUGCCGCAGGCGCUGCACCUGGCGGCGUUGCUGCCACCAGGCGCUGGGCACGGCCUGCACCACGCCGUGCCCCCCGUACUCUUGGGACAGAUGCCGCACCUGGGAACGCCCUUACCCCCGGCGCCCGGACCCAGGGAGUUCCCGCUGUACCCGUGGCUCCUCUCCAGGCACUCCAGGCUCUUCGGCCACAGGUUCCCAGGCCCUGACUUCCCCACGUUCCUGCUGCCCUUCCGCAAGCCCAAGAGGAUCCGGACGGCGUUCAGCCCGAGUCAGCUGCUGAAGCUGGAACAAGCCUUCGAGAAGAACCAGUACGUGGUGGGCGCCGAGAGGAAGCAGCUGGCGCAGUCCCUCAACCUCUCAGAAACACAGGUCAAAGUGUGGUUCCAGAACCGGCGGACGAAGCACAAGCGGGUUCAGCAGGAGGAAGAACAGCAGUGUGGCGGAGGCGCCCACAAGAAGGGCGACUCCGCUAACACGGCUGACGGCGGCAAGGGCGACUCCGGCAAGCCCGAGGACAAGGACGACCUCUCCAUGAUCGAGUACGACGAGGACGACGUGAUGAGCGACGAGGACUGUGAUCCUCGAGGCCAGGAAGGCAGCGCGCAGUGACGAGGAGUUGACGGGGCGGUAAAGAGGUCCUCAGAGGCAACAGGAGGACAGCGAGCGAUUGACGGGAGGAAUUUGACGGCGGGAGAGACAGAAGCAAGUGCGUGUGUGUGUGUGUGUGAGAGACAGACAGAUGUCCCUGUCCUCCACGUUACUGGUGGUUCUAGUUGCUUGAUAACGAAUCUGAACAAAUGUGACUUAUCUAGCAAACAUUUUAUAUUGCUGAACCAGUUGAAUUGAUUUCAACCCAGUUUGUCCAGUGAUAAUACCGUGAAGGGUGAUUGUGGGAAAAUUAAUACAGCCGCAAAUGUAGUCAAUCUAAAAAUAAUAAUUGAUCUAGUGCUUUGAACGACUGGACAUGUUACGCUAGUUCGUGAGAAUUCUUCCUAAGAUUCGAAGAAUUUUUUCCUAGCUCCCAAAGGAUUCUUACCUAGCUCCCAAGGAUUCUUCUCUAGCUACGAAGAAUGUUUCACAAGUUAACGAACAAUUUUACUUAGCAGUACGAAUGCAUCAUAAAAUUCAAGAUUUAGCUGAUAUCACCUAAGAAAUUUUCGCUAGUUUCUCAAACCGCUUCACCCUCUCCUAAGAAUUCUUCAUUAACCACCACCUCUAGAAUUCUUGAGCAUCUCCUAAGAAUCCUUUGGAAGCUCGUAAGAAAUGUUCGCUAGUUCCUAAGAAUUCUCCGCUAGCUCUCAAGAAUUCUCGUUUGCUCGAAGGACCAUGUUAAAAGCGCGCUUCUCUGUGGUCAAGAGACUCCCUCGUGUUGACUUGAGACAAUAGGAAGAGACAUAAGUGAAUAUUAUAUAAGAGACACAAAACUAGGACUCUUGUUCUGAGAAAAAAGUCAACUGUAAACUUGCUCUUGUAAAUAUAUAUAUAAAUAUAAAAUAAGGAAAAAUUGAAACAAUGUGUACGCAAUAGGUCGCAUCUGACAUGCAGAACAUUUUUGUGCUAUAUUGUAUGUAAGUAUAUUGAAACUAAAUAAAAGGUUAUGCCAUGAAAA